UCACUCGACAUGCUCGACGCUGACACCACUGAUAACUAACAAAAUCAAUUCGACAAGUUUACCUGUCAAAGUUCUCAAUGUUGAUGGAGGUCCCAAGUCAGACCAGAAGAAGCUAUCAUUGAUGUGAUUAUGUAUGUUUUUGGUCUGUUUCAGUACACAUGGGCAGUUGUUGAAAUUUUGGUAAAAUAAGGUGUAGGCCCUAGGCCUUGUUCUCUGUUAUUUCCUGCUUCUUUUGACAGUUGUCAUUGCUCUCCUUGCCAUUGCCGCUUGGGAAUAAAAAUGCUGUGUUUCGUAAGUAAAAGAUACCUUAGCCAUAGCAGAUAGGGGUAGGCCUAUAGCUAGCGUAGUGUAGUCUUAGACAUAGUGCCAGAAAUACAUGGACAGCUAUAUAGCACAGACUGCCACAGUAACUAUAGUGGACUCCAUAGACCAUAGUCCAUUACCACCAUAUCUGGGGCAAAAAUCCAAUAAUAGACCCUUUGCCCCAAGGCAUUGUCUGGCAUCAUUGACCGUGAAGAGCUAUUGUAAAGAUGAUUUGUUGGUCCGACCUAGUCCCUAGGUGGAACCGGCGUAUCUGGAAAAUGGCCUAUUUAUUCCAAUAGGGUCACGCAAUGCCGGUAAUAAUGACUAAUGAACCUAUGACAUCGGCUUGAUAUGUAAGACACCAAGUCAAGUGGUAUGUCUUGUAUUGUUGUAUGUACAUGUAUCUUUUCUUUUCCUUCUCGCUUCUGCCAUAUUGCCAUAUUCGUUUACUUUUGUCGUGCCAACUGACCGUCCUUGACCUUUGAAGGAGUUGGCCUUGUUUUCAGGAUGUGGAUGAUGAUGUUGGCCGUGCGACAUGACUGCUCGUCGCAUCACCAGUCUGGUCUGUCACAUGUUUGACGAGUCCAUCAAGUUCACGAUAUUGACAUCUGUAUUCUUUAUGUUGAUUUUUCAGUCAUUUAUUUCUAGAUUUUCCAAAUGAGGUGACCAAACUUUCCAAAAUCAAAGAAAUAGAGCAUGGAGAAUAUAGCUCAGCGUCCUCCUGCGGUGCGAUUUUGUGAUGUCUGGAAGAGUUAUGGCACAGGGCAAAACAAACAAUUUGCACUACAAAAUAUCGACUUAGCAGUUCCAAGGGGUUCAAUUUAUGGUUUGCUUGGCCCCAGCGGUUGUGGAAAGACGACACUUCUACGAUGUGCUGUUGGAAGGCUGCAGGUUGAUCAUGGCUUGGUUGUUUCGCUUGGAAAGAAACCCGGGGCAAGAGGACACGGAAUCCCUGGGAACCUUGUGGGAUACAUGCCUCAGGAGAUUGCAUUGUACAAUGAAUUUACCAUCAGUGAGACCCUACAUUACUUUGGUCGGCUCUGUGGCAUGCCUAGUACCAAAGUAAAGCAGAGAAUUGAGUUCCUCAUCAACUUUCUAAAGUUACCAGAAUCUUCGAGGAAAGUUCAGGACAUGAGCGGCGGGCAAAGGCGAAGAGUAUCAUUCGCUAUUGCACUUUUACAAGAGCCCAAGCUCAUCAUCCUUGACGAACCAACAGUCGGUGUGGACCCACUCCUGCGGCAGAGGAUAUGGAAUCACCUGAUUGACAUUUCGCAGACAGGCGAUGUGACGAUCAUCAUCACGACACACUACAUCGAGGAGGCGCGGCAAGCUGAUAUGGUUGGUUUGAUGAGGAAUGGUCGCUUGUUAGCGGAAGCACCGCCGGAACAAUUGCUGGACAGGCAUAGACUAGAGACAUUGGAGGGUGUUUUCCUGAAACUGUGUCAGGAUGAUCAGGUCGCAGAUGAUUUCGCGGGACAGGAGUCUGUUGGGCAUUCGUCGUUGGCAGACUCGGAAAAAGAUGACCUCACAGAGGACCCACCACUUCUCAAGGCGCAGCAUCUUCAGGCUCCUACCAACAGCAACAGCAGUUUUGAGGUGUCUCUCUCAGGUAGCCAUCUUAAAAAAGUCAAUGACUCCUGCUAUGAGCGAUUCAGAAUGUUUACAUCUGCGCCUAAGUUUGGAAAUAUCAUAGCAUUGUUUAUCAAGAACUUGCUCAUAUUGAAGAGACGCAUUGGGUUCUUGAUGUUUCAGUUCCUGUUGCCCUCGCUGCAGAUAGUAUUGUUCUGUCUCUGCAUCGGUCGAAUGCCAGCUGACCUGAACAUGGCGGUUGUCAAUAACGAGACGUCUGGAACGUUGGGGGAGAAGUUUCUGUCAAAGAUUGACCCUGUCUACAUCGCUCAGAAUAACUUCAGUCACGAUAUGAAUGCAGCGAUACAGUCAGUAAAAGAUGGGACAAACUGGGGUGUGAUUGGUAUCGGCGAGAAUUUCACUCAGGACUUAAUUGCAAGGUUCAUUCCAGGGUCUCAACCUGAUAAUAAGACAUUAGACAGUGGAACAGUCCAUCUUUAUUUAGAUAUGACAAAUCAGGAAAUUCUGAUGGCAAUACAGCAAAAACUGAUGGAUGCAUUCCAAGCAUUUGCCGAUGAGGUUCUGGUCGAUGAGGGGAUGAAUCCAAAUCUUGCUAAUCUACCAAUCAAAAUAGAAAAACCGGUCUACGGAGACCUGAAUCCGUCGUUUACAAAUUUUAUGGCUCCUGGCGUCAUUAUUAGUAUACCAUUCUUCAUGGCGACGGGGCUGACAGCUUUAUCAUUCGUUAUCGAGAGGAAAGAGGGCUUGCUGGACCGGAGUUGUGUGGCCGGAGUUAGCGCAUUUGAGAUUAUGGCAGCUCACGUCGGUGUACAGUUUUUAGUCAUGACAGUCCAGGUUGCUCUGUUGCUGGUCUUUGCUUUGCUAGUUUUCGGUGUGCCGUAUGAAGGACCUCUCAUUCUCGUGAUCAUCAUCACCUUAUUCCAAGGCCUGUGCGGCAUGGCUCUAGGUCUCCUCAUCUCGGCCGUGUGUGACACUGAAAACGCCGCGAUCCAGUUGGCUCUUGGAUCUGUCUAUCCUAAUCUCUUACUCAGUGGAAUCAUUUGGCCCAUCGAGGCCAUGCCAAAGGCCCUACAGUACAUCUCCAUGGUGCUCCCAAUGACCUACCCCGCAGAGGCCAUGCGCUACAUCCUCAGCAGAGGUUGGGAUAUGACGUACAUGGCGGUCUGGCGUGGUUUCCUGGUGACUGUCGGAUGGGGAUGGGCCUUGUUUGCUCUUUCAAUACUAAUACUCAAGAUCAAGGGAAUGUAGGUCAAGGUCGAUGACAAGACCAUGAUGGGUUCUGAUGUCUAGCGCAAAAAGGAACCGAACUAGCAUUGGUGGAUUUGAAUGAAUUCAUGAAUGACGAAAUAUGCCAAUUCUUUAGCAAGUUUAAGAGGUUUUAUGUAAAGCAGGUUUCAUGAUCAGAAACAGAGAGUGAGCUCACUGUUUCUGAUUUAAAUAUCCCGGUGCUUUUUAAGUACCAGUUCUGUAAGUCAUGGUAAUGAUUGUAUUAUGUCAGGACAGAUUAUGUAUUAGACAUUGGCUUCAGUGAUCAUGAUGUACACGUUACAUAGUUUUUGUAUCCGUAAAAGUUUAGCUGUGAUACUUUUGGUGGCUCUUGGUCUUUCUCAGACUCUAUCAAUGCACAAUGGGUCAACAUGUCGUAUUGUUUCUGCUGUGCUUCCAUCAUAGUACUGUUUAGUAUAACUUCAUGCCUACCAAUACCAUGCAUUAGUUACUUAUGUACGAAACACAUUCAUUUGUAUAAUUUCAUCCGUGUCGGAGUUUGGUUCUAGAAAAUAUCCGCCUCUAACUUUUGAUCUCUGAUUUUCAAAAUUUGUUCAUAUGACAUGAUGGUGACAGGCCAGUAAUAUUUGUUGCUUUGAUUGCAAUAAUCAUAUUGUGCAUUUUUUUCAUUGUGAUAAAGCAAUAUUGUAUGGUAUAUACAAGGUUCAAACAGCUUUAAAUCAUGGAAACGUUUGGCUGAAGUAUUUUCAUGAUCAUGUAUAGUAUUUAUGUGUUUAUACAGAGAAGAAUCUUGAUAUUGGAAAAUAAUGUUUUGGAUCUUUAUGUAUAAAUAGAUUGAGCAUAUUCUAUUUGAUGGAGUGAAGAACUUUGCAUGCAUUAAAGCGAACUGGAACCGCCAAGCCAGUUCGUAUGACCUCGUUUUCAUUUCCCGCGUAUCGGGUGAUCAGAACGAGGCAUGAAUGAAACAUGGCGCCUAGCUGUCAAUCAUUCAGUGACGUCACUACUAUGGAAUUUACUACGAAAAUUCAUGAAUGAAAGAUCGCAUGACUCACGUGAUUCUCACAUGAUUCUCAAUAAUAACAAAUUGAACUGCGCAUGCUCGGGCACUGGGGGCGGAGCUACAAAUCUGAACUCGAAUAGGAAGUUGGAAGUUUGACUUUCUCGGGCGGUGAAAGUCGAAAAGUUGAAUAAAUCGCUCGGCAGUUCCAGUUCGCAUUAUGUACAUGUAACUUUGAA